GAUUUAAAGAGAUUUCGGCAUAGAUGGGAACGAAAGGCAGCUGCCCAGGUUCAUUGAUUACUAUAGGUGCACUCAAUUAGACUGAGAUCUCUCUUACUUAGGGUUUUAUACUGCUGUGAAGAGACACCAUGACCACAGCAAGUCUUAUAAUGAAAAAUAUUUAACCGAGGCUGGCUUACAGGUAGGAGGUUUAGUCCAUCAUCAUUAUGGGGGCAAUCAUGGCAGUGUGCAGACAGUCAAGGCACUGCAGAGGUAGUUGAAAGUUGUAUAUCUGGACCUAAGACAUCAGGAAGAUAGAGAAACACAGGGUCUUGCUUGAGCUCCUGAAACUUCCAAGUUCACCCCCAUGUGACACACUUCCUCCCUCAAAGCCACAAAUACUCUGCUCAGGACAUACCCCCAAUAAUGCCACUUCACAUGAGUCUAUGGGGGUGUGACAUUAUUCUAAACCUAACAUUCAGCCAGAUGGUGGUGCACACCUUAAUUCUAGCACUUGGGAGGCAGAGGCAGGCAGAUCUGAGUUCAAGGCCAGCUUGAUCUACAGGGAAAGUUUUAGGACGGCCAAGGCCACACAGAGUAAACCUUGUGUCAAAAAAAAAAAAAAAACCCAAACAAACAAAAAGCAAAACAAAACAAAAACCAAGCCCAAUCAACCAAAAGCAAAACCUAAGCAGCAACAACCAAAACCCCACAUAAGAACAUGAUAGAGUAUGGAAAUCAGUGCUCAUUGUGGAGAGGGGCGGCUCACUCACAGGAUAGAUGUGGAAGAGAAGAGGAUGGGUGUGAAGUGAGGGUCCAUCAGGAAGGGGGAAGGGAAUGCAGGGAUUUCUCAACACAUGCCUACAGUCACCUUCAGAAGCAGGAGAGGAGAAAACUUGAAAAGAAACACAGAUGCAUCUUUGUGUGAGGAGGAGGAGGGAGAAGCUAUGCACACACAGAGCAGGAGACAGAGGCAGAAAGAGCUGAGAGCUGAGACUGGGGAUGUGGCCUGCAGCACCCCAGGAAGAAUUCAAGUGACUGUAGCUAAGGAAACACUUAUGGUGGACAUUAAUCUCUAGUUACGUAUUCAGCGCCCCAUGGCUCCUGUGGAGAAAACAGAGGGCAAUUAACUGAUUUUACUUCCAUGAAGGAUAAGGGGUAGCACUAAGAAAAGAACUGUGACACAGGAAAGAUGGAGCAGACCGACCAGAAUCACACUGUGGAGAGAAAGGAGGACGGAACACAUUGGAUGACAGAAGGCUAAGCAUCUUUAUAAAUGAUCCAAAAGCCGGUGAAACAAAACCCAAGCUUUGCAGAAGCAGUCACUUGGGUCUGUCUGGAGACUCCUUGCCUACCUCAGUAAUCUGCUCGUGGGAUAACUCAAAAUAGAUGGAGUCUUUAAUAUUUAAAAGUGCAAUACAAAAUAUAUGAAGUAAUAGAUGCCCCGCCAAGAAAAAAGGAUAAAAGAGAAAGCUUUCCACAGCAACAUCUUCAGGUAAUGAGCGUUUCUCCCACAGGUGAGCGUACAGGAACAGUUCCCUUUCCAGAUCCCCUCGUGUCAUUAGAGCUUAAGUGUCUCCAUUUUUAUUGACUUCACUCAGAGUUGAGAUGCUGUCCAAAUCAGCUAUGCUCUGUUGCUCUUGGAGGGUGUUGUUCUAUCAGUUUUUUAAAUUGACAACAUUUGAAUGUGUUGAUUGAUUUUGCUAUCAUUCCCUAUUGUUCUAGCGGGACUUCCCCCCUCUUCAUGUUUAAAGGUGUGCUAUUUGAGUAUACUCUGAGUUAAUUUUGUUUAUGUAUUUAUGUACUUAUUUGUUUGAGACAUUUGGGGUAUCCUCUGAAUUUUAGUUUAUUUAGUCCUUUCAAGACAGUAGGAGUGUAUUCUGAGUUUAUUUUUAAUUAAUUUUUUUCAGACACCUCCUCUGCCUCCUUAGGGCGGUGACUAAAGGCAUGUGCCACCAUAAUCUGAGUGUAUUUUAGUUCUUAGACAGGGUUUCACUGGGUAGUCCUCGGUGGUCUCUUCUCACAGACAUGCAGCUGGCUGUGCCUCCCCAUCGCUGGGAUAAAAGCCAUUGCUACCACGCCCAUGUUUACUGUCACUUGAUGACUUGGCCUCUUUAUUAAUCUACCUCCAUUUUAUAAUCGACCUGAGUUUUCUUUUGAUCAUGCGAAGAUGGUUACUUUGAAUCUGCUAGAGUAUUUAUCUUUAAUAUAUUUUCUGUAGUUAACACAUAGCUGGGUCUGACUUUUCAAAUCUAAAUGUGGCAAAUUUUGGCGUUUAGACGAUUUACAGUACUUUUAAUGCGAUUAGUUUUAUUAAGAGGCUCGUCUAGCCUGCCUAACGGACACAGUUCUGUUGGUACAUAGCGAUACGGUCCUCAGUCACAUUUUCUAUCUAAAGCAGGGAAUUCAGACUCCUCCGUCUUCUCUACAGGAGAAAGAAAAUCAGUUACGCGGAGAACCGGAAGUACCUUUUGCUCAAAGGAGGGCGCCUCCCCUUUAAGCGCGCACCCACGUGGGCACUCCCACAAGCCACUGGACUCGGUUUUCUGAUGGGCUGGCCCGAGUUGCACGCCGGGAUCUCCGGGACGCUCCAGGCUUCUCCAGGGCUUUGCUUGUGACAACUGUGUUUUCCGGGACCACCGCGCCGGAAGUAGCGCAUAGGCUUUUGGUUUAUGUCUCCCCAGAGUAAGACCGGAGCCAGCGGGCUGGGAGGGGGGAGGAAGCCUGAAGAAGAAUGGCCAGCACUAAUUCUCAAGACAUGGUUUGUGGGUCAGUGACAUUUAGGGAUGUGGCUGUUGACUUCUCUCAGGAGGAGUGGGCCUGCCUGGAUGCUACUCAGAAGGUCUUAUACAGGAACAUAAUGUUGGAGACCUACAGCAACCUGGUCGCAGUGGUGGGAAGUUGCAUUUCCAAGCCAGAUCUGAUCGUCUUACUAGAGCAGGAGAAAGAGCCCUGGAUGGCUGUGAAUGAAGAAACAGGCAGGCCGAGCCCAGAUUUGGAGGCAGAUUAUGAUGCUGAAAAUAUAUCCCCCCAAAAUCGUAUUUAUAAUAGAAAAUUUUCCAAACAGAGCAUAAAGCAAUUAAGUAGAACUUUUGACCCCAAGGGCUCCUGGUUUAGUAAUGGCCCCAACUAUAGUACAUUCCAUGGACUACGGGAUUGUCAGAGUGAUGCUGGCCAACAGAUUACUAACAAGGAAGGAGUGCCUCCUCACACCUGCCAGACUCUUGCUCACAAUACAGAAAAACCAUAUGAAUGUAAAGAGUGUGGGAAGUGCUUUGGUUGCAGGUCAACUCUUACUCAGCAUCAGAGUGUUCACACUGGAGAGAAGCCCUAUGAAUGUAAGGAGUGUGGGAAGGCCUUCAGACUCCCCCAACAGCUCACAAGGCAUCAGAAGUGUCACAGUGGUGAGAAGCCUUUCAGUCAUAAUGAAGGCAGACAGGCUUUUCAACAUCCCAACCUACUCAAGUACCCUAAAGCCAUUCAUACAGGUGCCAAAGCAUUUGCAUGCAGGGAAUGUGGGAAGUCCUUCAACCGUGUCUCCAGCCUUGUUGAACAUGGGCUUAUUCAUGCUGAUGUGAAACCAUAUGAAUGUAAUGAGUGUGGGAAAGCCUUUAAACGACACAGAAGUUUUGUGCGCCAUCAGAAAAUCCAUUCUGGUGAGAGACCCUUUCAGUGUAAGGAUUGUGGGAAGGGCUUCAUUGUUCUGGCUCACCUCACUCGGCACCAGAGCAGUCAUAGUGAAGAGAAGCCAUUUGAAUGUGAGGAAUGUGGCAAGAAAUUUAGAACUGCCAGACACCUUGUUAAGCACCAGCGCAUUCAUAGCGGCGAGAAACCCUUUGAAUGCAAUGUAUGUGGGAGUGCUUUCCGGCUUCAACUAUACCUUUCUGAGCAUCAGAAAACUCACAUGGAAGAGAAAUACUUGGAAUGCAAUGUGUGUGGGAAGGCUUUUCGGCUUCAGGUAUACCUUUCUGAGCAUCUGAAAACUCACACUGAAGAGAAUCCUUUCAAGUGUAAGCUCUGUGGGUCAGCCUUCCCAAAUAAGUACCAACUUAAUAAGCAUCUCACAGUUCACACUGAUGGGAAACCCUAUCAGUGCAAGGAAUGUGGCAAAUGCUUUCGUCAAAGGUCAAAACUAACGGAACAUGAGAGUAUUCACACUGGCAAGAAACCCUUCCAGUGUGAAGAAUGUGGGAAGUUCUUUAGACUUAACACACUUCUCAUUCAUCAUCAGAAGUCUCACAGUGGUGAGAGACCUUUUGAAUGUAAAGAAUGCGGAAAGGCUUUCCUUCUUCCCAGUCAACUUAAUAGCCAUAAAAUUGUUCAUACAAGUAAAAGACCCUUUGAAUGCAAGGUAUGUGGGAAGUCCUUCAAGCGUGAAUCCAAUCUCAUUCAACAUGGCGCUGUUCAUGCUGGUGUGAAAUCAUAUGAAUGCAGUGAGUGUGGGAAAGGUUUUAUUCACCGCUCAAGCCUGUUCCACCAUCGGAAAAUUCAUUCUGAUGAGAAACCAUUUAAGUGUCAGGAGUGUGGAAAGGCCUUCGUUGUUCUGGCGUAUCUCAUUCAGCAUCAGAGCAUCCACACUGGAGAGAAACCAUUUGAAUGUGAGCUGUGUGGGUCAGCCUUCAGAUGUAGAUCCCAACUCAAUAAACAUCUGAGAAUUCAUACUGAUGUGAAACUCUUUCAGUGUGUGGAAGAUUGAACAGACAUUGUUCGUGGAACAGAGCUUAGGGAGUCCACACUGGUGAGAAGCUCGUUCAGUGUAAUGGAUAUGGGGAAGCUCUUUGAUAUCUUUACAAAAUUCUUAGACAUGUUAGAAUUCAUACUGGCAAGAAUCAUCAUGAAUAUAAAGAAUGUGGGAAGUACUUUAUGUGUGGUGGAGACCUUAAAGUACAUCCAAGAAUUCACACUGUAAGAAACAUUACCACUGUUAAGAAUGUAGGAAGACCUUUAGUUGAAUAUGAAACUUGUUUUGACAUCCUAAAUAUAAUAGUAAUAAGAAGUCUUAUGAUGUAAGGAGUAUGGAAAGGCCUACAGUAAUUCUAAGUUCCCUGUAUAUCAGAGAAGUUCUACUGGUGAGAAAGCCUAUGAAUAAAAGUAAGGUGGGAACAUGUUUAGACUUCGUGCAGCCUUCAUGCAUAGUGGCAAAUUCAUACAGGUAGGACACCCUAUCAGUAUAAAGAAUGUGCAAAGACCUCCAAGUGGAGCUGGGGCCUUCUUCAACAUAAAAAAAUGUUUGCUUGUGUCGAACACUAUGAAUGCAAGGAAUGUGGGAAUAUUUACAGAAUUAGCUCAGCUCUUAAAGCUCAUCAGAGGGUCCAUAUAAGUCUCGAGAUGCUGUGACUGUGAGGACUCGGUAAGAAAGCUUUGAUUGUAAAUGGUGACCUUACACAACAUCAGAAAAUCCAUAAUCACCAGGAGUCAUGUGCAUGUGAAAGAGGACAAGCCACUGUAUGAAAAUCUUCCUGAACAUCAGAGAACUCACAUUGGGAAGACCAUGACGUCACAUAAAAUGAGAACUUUAAUCUGCCCUGGGAUUUGGUGAACAUAAGAGUAUUCAUAUACGGUUGAUGCCAAGAAAUCCUUUGGAACGAGAAUUUGGGAAGUCGGUUCAGAGAAGAUACUCUGUUGAAAAUGUCUCUUAUCCUCAGAAAUCUAGGAAGUCUCCUGACAACCUUUUCCCAGCAUUCUAACAGUCUAGAUUGACUGUCCCAGGAUGCUGCCAAACGUGACUGGAAACAAAGUUGUUCUAUCCUCCCUACAGGGUCAGGACACAGAAUACUGAUAGUUAAACUGUGAGGGGCCCUACAUGAAGAACCUGACUCUGCCAUUGUUCCAUUGGCAGCAACAACAAAGCCCUGGUGGCUCUAAUGUCUAGGAGAAAAAGCUGGAUGCCUACAAUUCAGAGUCCUUUGCUUUAAGGAUUGAAGCUAGGUGUGGUGACUUUUGCCUGUAAUUCCAGAAUAUGAGAGGAUGAGGUAGGAGAAUUACCAGGCAUUUAAGGCAAGCCCGGGUUUCAUGUAUGAAAUCCAGGAUAUCUUGGAAAAGAAAAGCAAAAUAAAUACACAAGCCUAAAGGCUCAGGGAUCUACAGACAAGAGAAGGCAGGAAGAUUGCAAGAGCCAAAGGGUGUCUUCAAGGAAAUACUGACUUCCAGACACAACAGAUGCACAUUAUGAACUCUCAAGAGUCCAUGCAGUGUGUGCAGGUUCAAGGAAGACAGUCUCAACAAUGGGGGGUGGGGGGAACCAUGGGCUCCCACCCCUAACCAGUGAACUAUCUGUAAUUGACACCUGCUAGCAAAUAAAAAUCAGGUGUCUCCAAUGCUGUCUCACUGGGUGUAUCAACACCUCAGGGCCCACACAAAAUAAACUUGGUGGUAUUUUUGUGACCUUUUUGUUUAUUUUGCA